AUGCAUAAGGCCUUGAAUCUGAAUAUCGAUUUCAGACCGAUUUCGACCAAUACUAAUUCCAAUUCCAAUUCCAAGUCAAGAAUUGGAAUUGGUGCAUCCCUAAUCGUUUGGGCUGUCAUAACCCGUACGCCUAUUCAAUUUCGUCGUGGAUUAGCAGCACAAGGUGUAAGUGGUGAUGAAUUACCAUUUCGAGCGAUAUGGUAUCCAUACGGUGCCUACUUCGGACUCGGGGCCAAUAUAUUCCUCAUUUUCUUUCAAGGAUACACUAGUUUCUUUCGACCAUUCGAUAUCGUGUCGUUCGCUGUUUCCUACAUUCUCAUCCCUGUAUUUCUACUUCUUUUCUUCGGAUACAAAUUUUUGAGGAAAACUCAAUGGAUUGAAGCGUCUCAAAUGGAUAUCUGGUCCAAUAGACGCGUGUUCGUCAAGGAAGAUAUUCAAGCAAAUAAUCAGACUAUAUGGUCACAUAUUAAAAACUUGAUUAUUUAA